AUGGAAAAAGUUCUGGAGAAGUUAGAUGUUCUGGAUGAGAAUGCAAGGGUACUUGCAGCCGCCAGAUCAAAGGUGUAUGAAGUGGAAGCUGGGAAUACUAGUCCUCCCCGCUGUGAGAAAUACCAAGUCAACACCUACAUCUCGUCCUUUUAUUUCAUCCUUUCUACCAAAUCAGAGGCUAGUGCCGAGAUUUGCAUCUACAUGUCUUUUUCCCAUGGGAAUUCCUUCCUUACAGAGGCAGAAUAUGCAAAGCCCUUCAAUUUUCUGCAGUCUCAACCUAGAAACCGGUGUAAAAGAUCAUUAGAGUCUUCAGUCCUGUAUCCUACAGAUGCCAGUCAAUCCAAUGCUAGUGAGAAGGAGAAAGUCUCUACUCCAUUUACAGAUGAAAACAAAAAGAGAGCUAAGAGGUCCAUGUACUCUACAGUCCACUCCACAGAUUCUACGGAAAAGGGGAGAAAGGAUCAUCCACUGGUAAAGGAUUCUGUUACAAAAGAAAAUGAGCCAACCAGAGAUAACCAAGCAAGAACACUUUGUCCAGUAAAACAGAGCAUCUUACUCCCUUUGAUCUUUGAGGAUGUACUGACUAAUCCUACAAUCAAGAUAACUGACCUUGGUCCAAGAGAGACAGUGCUUUAUUCCAUGGAAGAAAGCCACACAAACCCAGUAACUUUCUAUGACAAAGCAUAUAUAGACAUGUUGGUCACGAUAAAAAGGUUCACUCCCUAUGUUAUCACAUAUGCAAGGAAGAAUACUGUUCUAGAAAAAAACUGUGACAUGGUCAAAGCUUUAUUUAAUCAUGAGCCCAGUACUGUUUCUGAACUUCAAAGAACUAAGCCUGUAUCGCAGCUCAAAGACUUGUUCUUCUUCUCUACUAAACGGGUGCAAAAGACUAUAAAGGAGAGACAAAAGAGGAAACAUGACAGUCUGGCUUCUGAAAAAAGACCUCCAAACACACUUUAUCAUUUAUCCCGAACGUUUUCUAGCUUAACCAAAAAAAUUGCGGGUUACUUUGAUAAAGAUGCUACUCAAGAAAAGAGUGCUAAGACAGAUGGAUUUGAAAGAAUAUUCACCAAAGCAAAACCACCACCCAAACGCAAAUUCACUGCUUUACCUAUUAAGUAUGACUCAAAGCCUCUGAAAAAUAUACUUGAAAUACGUAAACUAAACAACAUAACCCCACUAGAUAACCUGCUAACCUGGAAAGUAAAUGACUUAUAA